UGGAACUCUACAUACGAAGCUUCGGGUCUAUCAAUCCAUCAACGAUGGAUUACGAGGUGGACCUGUACCUGCGCCAGUACUGGACUGACCCGCGGCUCCGGCACAAGGACAUCACUACCCCGCUCGACCUCAACGACCCGAACUUGGUCAAGGCCAUCUGGAAGCCCGAGGUGUAUUUCCCCAACGCCAAGCACGGCGAGUUCCAGUUCGUCACCGUGCCCAACGUGCUUAUCCGCCUCAAUCCAGGGGGGAAGAUCUUCUACAUGCUGAGGUUGAAGCUGAUAUUCGCGUGCAUGAUGGAGGUGUCCAAGUUCCCACUCGACUUUCAAGUUUGCACCAUGGAAAUUGGCAGCUUUUCCAAGACGCUGUCGGAACUGGAGCUUCGCUGGAAGGCCGAGAAGCCUGUGGUGCUGUACGAGAGUCUCAAGAUGCCGCAGUUUGAGUUCGGCGGCGUGCAGACGUCGAUGUGUGAACAGGAGCAGUCCUCCAGCAUCGGCGACUACAGCUGUCUACAAGCGGCGUUUACACUGCGCCGGUCGCUGGGGUUCCACCUAGUGCAGUCUUACCUGCCCACCAUCCUGAUCGUGAUGAUCUCCUGGGUCAGCUUCUGGAUGGACGUGGACUCGGUGCCGGGCCGCGUCACCCUCGGCAUCACCACCCUGCUCACCAUGACCACCAAGUCGUCCGGCAUCCAGGCCGAGGUGCCGCAGGUCUCCUACGUCAAGGCCAUAGACAUAUGGAUGGGUGUGUGCACGGGCUUCAUUUUCGCUGCUCUGCUUGAGUUCACCCUGGUCAACUAUCUCUGGAGGAAGCGCCCGACGCUUCAGGAGUUCCAGAACGCCAUCUCCAGGGAGCACGAGCACCAAGACCUGCACGACGAGAACAACUGGACCAAUGUCAAGAGCAAGACGAAGCACCACCCGCCACCUGCUCUUCCACGAACUCCAGAAGACGGAAUCCAAGAAGCAGGCGCAGAAGAUCGACGAGAUCUCCCGGAUCAUCUUCCCGAUCGGCUUCCUGUGCUUCAACGUCGCGUACUGGCCUUACUACAUGCUAUGAGCCGCGCUGGUGCGGGCACCGUCGCCUGUUGCGGCGGCGCUGUUGAGCGGGGUCGAUACGUCCGGCCCGUGGGGGUGCGCGCUGUCGACCUCGCUGAGUGA